AUGAGGUUGGAGUCCAAAGAAAUGAAAAAUGCAGAGCCGGACACGCCUGCCGCGGUCGAAGCGACUCCGUCCGCGCCUCCUCCGGCACCGGAAAAAAGUACAGCAUCAUCCGCUGGAACAGUUAUUAACGAUCAGGGUGAAAAAACCGAGCCGGCGGAAGAAACAACGGCCAAAGACGACAGCAAAGAAAAAGAAGAUUUGAUGGUAGCCGCGAAAAAUGAAAAUAAUAAGCAGGCGGCGGCGGCGGCGGUGGCGACGACGAUGACGACGACGACGACGACGUCGUCGACGACGGUUACUACUUCGGUUAAAACAAACGACGCUGCUCCGGCGAUAGCUAAUAAAAUAGUUUUAAAAUACAAUUACGAAAGCGAUCAAUGGAGUCCUCUUAAUCCGGAUGGUAAAAAAAAAUACGACAGACAAUUCAUAAUGGGUUUACAAAAUCAACCGCAAUCCUUGCGUAAACCUCCGAAUUUUCCAAGUUUAGAUUUGUUAAGCGAUAGUAACAAACAGCGGCCUUUUGAUAGAAACGCCAUCAAUUCGAUGAAUAGAAGUCACGUCGAUAACAUAUAUCCAUCGUUUGCGAAUAAAAAUUCGAGUCAACGUGGCCAAACUCUUCCGAAGCGGGGAAGUCAACAGGGAAAAACGAAAGCAGCUAAACCGACUGUUGUUCAAGUCUCACUUCAGCAAGACGUCAAACUUCAUGAGACGGAAAAUGCAUGGAAACCGACGCGCAUCACCGAACCUGUUAAUAGGACUGAUGAAGAAGUCGAGACUGAAGCAUUGUAUAAACGAGUCAGAGGCAUUCUGAACAAGUUGACUCCAGAGAAAUUUAGUAAACUCGUUGCUCAGGUUCAAACACUUCCAAUUGAUAGUUCAGAGCGUCUUAAAGGCGUUAUUGACCUAGUCUUCAAAAAGGCUGUCGACGAACCAAGUUUUUCGGUGGCUUACGCUCAAAUGUGUCGUACCCUCCAUAAAAUGGAAGUUCCUAGCGAUCAGAGUCGUCAAGCGGGGAAAAACCAACCGGAAAAUUUUAGAAAAUUGUUGCUCAAUAAGUGUCAGGAAGAAUUUGAGAAAAACACGGCGGCGGAAUUGAAACGGGACGAAAGGUUGAAAGAAAUAGAAUCGGAAACGGAUCCGGAUAAGAAAAAAGUGUUGCAAUUGGCGUUCGAAGAAGAGGAAAGACGGAUAAGAAUGAGAUCCGUGGGUAACACUCGGUUCAUCGGAGAACUAUACAAAUUGCAAAUGUUGACGGCGAGGAUAAUGCACAAUUGCAUUGUUCAAUUGCUCGGUCAGGGAGACGAAGAAAGUUUAGAAUGUUUAUGCAAAUUACUCACGACCAUUGGUCAGGGUUUGGAAAAUCAAGGAAAAUCUAAAAGUGAAAAAGGAAACGAAGAUAAAGAUAAGUUGCCGGACCUGAACGAUUAUUUUAAAAAAUUAAACGACAUAGCCAAAAAUAAAGGGUCGGGAAAGGUUUCUAGUCGAGUUCGAUUCAUGAUUCAAGAUUUAAUUGAUUUGAGAGCAAAUAAAUGGGUUCCGAGAAGAAACGAGUCUCAACCUAAAACGAUAGAUCAAAUCCAGAAGGAAGCCGAACGUGAAAAUUUACAAAAUUUAGCAUUGAACGCUUUUCAAGAUAGAAACAAAAGGCAGGACAUGAGGAAUUCGGUCGACGGUAGAAAAAGGGGCACACCCGACAGUUCCGGAUGGACGACGGUCACGAAUUCUCAACCUAAUAAGAGUAGAUUAGUCGUAGAAUCAUCUAAAUUGAAAUUAGAUCAGAGCGAUGUUGAAGUCGCAUCGACGAAUUUGUUUAUGUGGGGUCCAAACGCUUCGAGUGGUAAAAUGGACGACAAAAGGUCUUUAUCCCAAUUGGGCACGAAUAAAUUUGCCGUACUUUCAACUUCGAACAUUGGAAGUUCGGGUUCGAAAGGUUCAUCAAUGGAAAAGGAUGGAAUGAAUUCGUUUAAAUUGUUAGAUGAUGAUGUUAGAACGUCCAAGAGUAAAAGUCAUCAGGAUCAAAGUUCGAGAUCGAGUUCGAGGGAAUCGGCAUCGUCGAAACGUGAUAACAACAACAGGUUCAUGAGUCCGACGAAUAACAAAUCGAACAGUGGUAAAAAUCAACCAUCAUUUCCGGUCACUCCGGCUCCACCGGAUACUCUGUCCAAAGAACGCUACGAAAACGCGGUCAAACAAACGAAAUGCUUACUCGAAGAAUAUUUGAGUAAUUUAGAUUUAAAUUACGCGUUAAAAGAAUUGGAAGAAAUUCCAAACGCUUUCAUAAACGAUUUCAUUGGAAUCAUAUGUAAUGACGUAUUGGAGAAAAAAGGAUCCGAACCUAAGAGAGCCGUCGGGGUUUUAAUGAAUUAUUUCAUUACGUGUAAAAGUAUUUCCAAAGAGCAAUUUCUCACGGGGCUGUCGGAAUUGGUGAAAACAUCAGACGAACUCCUUCUCGACAUGCCCUGCUUUUGGAAAUACCUCGCGGAGAUAUUGGUCGAAAUGUGCGCCAAGGAAGUGAUCAAUUUCAAGGAUGUUGCAAACGCGAUGGCUCCCAAACAGGGAUCCCAGGACAGUGCCAAAUUCUUAUCGAUAUUGAUAAAAUUAUUGGUCGAAGUGAAGGAUAUGAGUUGGGUCAAAGAUCGUUGGGUUCACUCGCAAGUCUCGCUCACGGAUUUCAUCAACGAAAAAGACGUUAAUAAUUUCGUCAAGCAAAACAACGUGGAAUUCAUGUUGAGUAAAAACAUUAAAAGCGAAUUGAGUCGAUUGAUAUCGUCGAGAGUCAAUUGCAACGAAAUAAUGACGUGGGUGUCGAAAAAUUUAGGAGAAGAAAGUAAAGAACCGUCGUUUGUGAGAACUCUCAUGACAGUUUUGUUGGAAGCCGUCGUCACGAAAGGUCAAAAUUCGUCGUCGUAUAAAUUCGAUCAAGAGCUUUUAACAUCCUACGAAUGCCUUAUAUUACGUUAUACGAAUCAACAGGAAAAUUUAGAGUUACCAUGUCUUUACGCCGUUCAAGCUUUUGUACACAAGUUGGAAUACCCGCAAGCCAUUCUCCAUAACAUUUUCCAAUAUUUGUGGGAUUCGACGUUGAUAGCGAGCGAAACAUUUAAAACGUGGCGAAAUUGUAAAAAUCCACAAGAGCAAGAGGGUCACGCCGUUUGCGUCGCUUCUCUCACAUCGUUUUUCACUCACAUGGAAGAAUCCGAGACGGAAGACGAAUCUUGA